CUACAGAUCGCCAGCAUGAAGAUUCCCACUACCGUGGCCUACCUCCUGUGCACCCUUUCAUUAGCCAAUGCCGCAAGCCCGGACAGGACUGAGAAGAUAUUGGCAAGAACACUUGCAGUGAUACCAAGUUCCUCACCCACUCUCGAUCCGACAUGGCGACAAAAUCGAACAAGACAAGCUAAACACAUUCAUGACUUCUUCAAAUUGUUUGGAUGGCUCCGACGAAAUGAUACGAUACGAGACCCGGACAUGCCGCGAGCCAUACGGAAGAUUCAGCGAGUGCUCCGAGAGCCAGAGACUGGUGUCUACGAUGAGCGGAUGGAGACGGUGAUGAGCAGGCCUCAGUGCGCGACCGUCCAGCCAUAUAACGAGUCCGACGCAAUAGUCGAUAACAGUACUAUGCAUAAGAGAUAUGUGCUCUGGGGACCAAAGUGGGAUCGUACAGCGUUGACUUAUCGGUUCGUUAACUACACGGCGGAUCUAUCACAGGACAGACAGAGGGCUAUUAUCAGUGCUGCAUUCGACAAAUGGAUGGCCUUUCUUCCUCUGACCAUUACUCAGGCCUCGACUUCGACACCUCGUGCUGACAUUCAUAUACGAUUCAUAUCUCUGGGCGCUGCAGAAACCGGGUAUGCAUAUACAAACAUGAUCGCAGAUGGUCUGACAAUGUCCUCUGGCCUCAUCAACGUGACUUUCAACGACGACUACAACUGGGCUGACGACCGUCUCUUCAAUUUCACCGCUGUCCAUGAGAUAGGGCACGCGCUUGGCCUCUCCCACAGCAAGGUCGAAUCUGCCAUCAUGUGGCCAUACUACGAUGGCAUCAUCCGCCCAAUGCAUCCAGACGACACCGCCGCAAUCCACACACUGUAUGGCUGGAAGGACCCACGAUGGAACCGCAUCGACACGAAUUCCGGCACGAAAGACAUCAUCCAAGUCUCCACUCCUCUAGAAAAUACAGCCUCCGCUCUAGACGGCCUCUACCAACUCCGCUCAUCCGGCCAAGUCCUCUCCUACACCCCCUCAUCGAACGCCUGGAAAGUCGUCGACUCCAACAAAGACACCGCCCAAAUCGCCGGCGCAGGCGGCAACAUCUACCAACGCCACACCGACGGCUCCGUGUACCGCUACUCAGGCACAGGCUCCAACUGGCAAUACAUCGGCGCUCCAUCCGACAACGUCGUCGACAUCGUCGCCGCCUCCGACCAAAUCUACGUCCGCCGCAAAGACGGCUGGGUCGCGCGCUGGAGCGGCAACGGCCUCAUCUGGACGACCAUCGAAAAGGCGCGCAACAGCAAACAAAUCGCCGUCACCGACCAGAAAACCAUCUGGAACCUCCUCACCAACGGCGACCUCGUACGCUCGACCUGGCCCUACGGCAGCGGCUGGACCAUCGUCGACGUCAAUCCACUCAACACGCAGAUCGUCACCGGCGGCACCGAGUUCUACAAGCUCCAAUCCGACGGACUCGUUGUCUGGCUGGAGUCGGUCAAGUACUACUGGGUCGUCAUCGACGAUGAAGGGGAUGUCGUGUCAGUGUUUGCGGUGGGCAUUUAUAUCUAUGCGAGGAGGGCGGAUGGGAGCAUCUGGAGGUAUACUGGUACGCCGCAUGUGUGGGAGCAGCUAGAUGAUAGGGAGACGAGUGCGAGUGUCGUGGGAGAUAGGAAGGGCGCGGUUUGGGAGAUGCUGGGGGGUGGGGACGUGUUUAAGUUGGUUUCCUGA